AUGCAAAAUGAUAUUUCACAAGAAAUAAUACCAUUGCCAUUUCCGCACGAACGAUCUAUACAAUUUGAAAGUGAAUUAAAGAAAACAAUAUCAAAAGAAAUGACAAAUGAUGAAAUUCUAAUUAUAAGGAAAUGUCUUUUCCAAACAACCAAACAAAAGCAAAUUGUUCUUUUUGGUUAUGAUAGAAAAAUUGAAUGUAUUAUUGAAACUCAUUCAAAUGAAUUGACAAAUAUUGAAAGAAAAUAUGUAAAACUUGAUGUUUGUUUACGAUUAAGAUUAAAUGAAUUUUCAGCACCUCGAUAUUUAAAAGAUGAAAUUGAAUCUUCUAUUCAAAAACUUUUACUUCAAUCAUCAUCAUCAUCAACAACAACGCUCGAAAGUAUUCCACUAUUUACGCCUAUUGCUGAAAAAGAGGAACAAUAUUUAAGAUCUAUUGCGCAGCAUAAUCAUUGUUCUCUUAAAACUGAACUAAAACAUUAUUAUCAAUCGUAUCCUGUACCUAAAGCAUCGAUAUCCAACAAACAAAUAUCAAAAUCAAUAAUAGAACAGUCCGAACUUUUUUGUUCUUCAACUGAUAUUUUAAAAAAAUAG